AUGGAGAAUGUGUAUACACCUGCCGACCUGUCGACAUACAGCGAUGUCUGCCCAGAGGAACCAGAUCCUCAUAUCCGGGAAAUCGCCGAUUUGAUGACAGAGUGGUUUCAGCUCUUCAUAGACAUGAGGUACCUCGAUGCUGGGGACGUCGCGUUCCCUCCGCAUAGGCAUCAGAAGAUCGACACGAGUAAACCUGCAGCUUACGGCUUUGCCAAGGAUGUAGUGGACCUCUGGCAAAUGCUGCCGUAUCGAAUCUCCAGCCGACAUACAAACUGGAAUUUUGGGUCCGAUGGGGACGAGUUUCUCAGCUGGAGCGAAUUCCUCAACGACUUGAGAGCCCCGGAUACGGAUUGGUGGCAGGCUACCGUCGACCCGUUCUUCCGGUUCGGUGCAGCCGAGGAUGUCGUAACCCGGGAUUGGAAUCAUGAGGACGGACCGUACAUACGACCAUGGUAUGCUGUGCUCACGCAGGUGGGAAACCAUGGCAGUGUCAUGGUCCUGAACACAAGAAACUAUCACAUGUGGUUCAUCCAGCAACUGGGGGGCACAGCGGAUCCUGCACUGCACGAGCGACCCCACAUAGAAACGGGAAAGCUCAACGAAAACGAUUUGGACCAAUAUCCUUCGCGUCCGGCGGCUGAGUUCCUGCGAGAUAUGAUCUCAAGGUUCCGGGACUUGACUUGGAUCCCGGGUGGGCUGUAUGAACCCAGUCCCGAUUCAGAGGAUCCUGAGGAUGUCGACUAUUACACCAACUUCAAGGAACUAUACAAGAAGUGUGGAUGGCCGGAAAAGUUCGACCCACUCCUAUUUGACCGACUGAGGUCUGAGGGAGGGACGGCCUUUUCCUACCAUAAACCUACCCCGGAGCCCACAGAACGCGUAGAGUCUUACUCAAGUCUGGGGAAACUGUACUACAUCAUGGCUAACGCCAGGGAGAUAGUUCAACAACAGAUUCACCACGUCGACGCAGCCUACAGGCUAGAUCGCACCGUGGUUGCCAAUGAGUGGGAGCGGAACGCCCUCAAAGCGCGGCUUGCAGGUGCCCAACAUGUACUUGAACCAAUGAAGAGGUGGGAAGAUGACCAAGUUAGCCUUCGUAGUGAGUUGGAGUUCAGGGUCUCGGAUCUCGAGGCACUACGUACGCGCUCAGGUCGGUAUGCGGGUCCAGGGUGGGCUGGAGUGUCAGACGCUGAGAUUCGCCGUCUGUACGACAAGGCUGCGGCAGCCGACAGCAUCGCCACUUUGCAGGCCCUGCUGCGUGACAAAGAUGCGUAUGAGAGGGCGGUGAGGGUAUAUGAAGAAGCCAAAAAGGCCGCGAAAGAGACUCCGCAGGAGGCAUGGAACGCGAUGGCCGAAGACUACAGAGUCUGGGAGAAUGACGACUGGAAAGAGAGGUGGAGCAUCUUGGGGAGCGGUACCACUGUUGUGGACCUGAAGACGGUCAUAGACGAGGAUUUGAGCUGGCAAGAGCUGCAGAGACGCAUCGUGUACGAGCUGGAGAAGAAUGAGGACAGGUCUUGGAGAGGGGAGAGACUUUGGCGAAAUAAUGAAGGGAAAGUUGAUAUGGUGCUUGGGUAA